UAAUUAUGAUGUUCCUUUUGUUGCGAUGCUUCAUUCCUCACGUCUCUCCGCAAGCGUAAUCCCUAAACGCACAGCCUAACCGGACACCAUCGGCGUCUCCGUCGAUUUCCACCGGGAAAUCGAAUUGCUCCGGCGUAUUCCGACGCCAUGCUUCGAUGAGCUAGGCGAAGGCGUUAGGAAGCUCCAGCGGUUCCGACUUCCCCUCUGUCGAGGCGAGGAGCGGAGAUGUCGCUGCGGAUAAAGGCGGUGGUGGAUAAGUUCGUGAAGGAGCUCAAGGAGGCGUUGGAUGCGGACAUCCAGGACCGGAUCAUGAAGGAGAGGGAGAUGCAGAGCUACAUCGAGGAGCGCGAGCGCGAGGUCGCCGAGAGGGAGGCCGCCUGGAAAGCAGAACUAUCCCGGCGAGAGCUUCUUCUCCACCGUGAGUGUCCCAUCAUAUUCAUGGUGCAGCAAGCAAACAACCAAAACUUGUCUUCAAGCUGGAAACUUUGGCCCAUCAUCAAAGUAGAUCCUUUUUUUUUUGGGUUUAGAGGUGUCGAGCUGUUGUUUAUGUCCCUCUGCAAUUCGAGAAACUAAUGUGCCAACUAAUUCAUGCCAUUGACACAGAUUUUCUCAGAAUGCAAUCCUAUCAACUAUUGUGCUCAUGAUGUUGGAUAGUUUUUUGUCCUCGGAACUUUGUCGUUGAAACUGCCGUAGCCCGAUUUCGGAAACUCCAUUUUGCAGGCUGAAAUUGCCCGCCAAGAGGCAAGGCUAAAGAUGGAGAAGGAGAACUUAGAGAAGGAGAAGAGUGUCCUCAUGGGCACGGCCUCGAAUCAAGACAACCUAGACGGUGCUCUGGAGAUCACCGUCAGCGGGGAGAAGUACCGAUGUCUUCGGUUCUCGAAAGCAAAGAAAUGACAUCGAACAAAAAGAAAUCACAAGUUCUUCCUACUAAGCUUCAAAGGCUACGCGACAAGUCUUGUUCUUUUUUGUUUUGGUGGUGAUCACUGAUUGUUCUAACCUGGAAAAGAAGAACAAGGACUCUUAUUCUUUGUACAUGUUCUAAAUAGUAAUAUUAUGGUACCAACCAUUGUCAUCA